AUGUCUCUCAUCACAGAAUACGUCAUCCUAUCCGUCUUGGGAACAGUUAUCAUUGCCGUCAUGAGGCUGUCAUGGUGGCGGGCCUGGCCCCUGAAUGUUCUCAUGACCCCGGAGUUCAUUUCUCUCAAGCUCCAGCCAUCUGACACCACCAACGGCAAGUCAACCCAGGACGACAUCAGAAGAAUCUUGAAACUCGCCGACUAUCACGAGACCGCUGCUCGCCUCGCCGACCUCAUCCACAAGGACGGGGCCGACUCAUGGCCACCACGGGCAAACCAUGUCCAUUCCGCCUGGCCCGUAGCGCUUAGGCCGUACAAGGAGAUCUACCGGGAGAUGGCCCCACUGUUGCCAGCAGCCAACGUGUCUCUCGAUGACGAGCUCAACAGGCAGCGCAUCGACUCGUUCCGCUCUCGCUUCGAGACGCUGCUCCACGACCGUGUCAACCUCAAGCAAGUCACACAACUUCUCGACGCGGCUGAUGCAGGGCGCUGGGACGUGUUUCCCCGAGACAUAUACAACGCCUUUUACUGCUGCAUCGCCUGGUGCCGCCACGCAUACCGAUGGGGCACAAUCCCGGUCGUCUCUCCCGCGCAGCUCGAAAAGUCGAUCGCCCUCCCGCCCGCGCUCACCGCGCCCUGGGCAUCCCUGCAGGCGCACUUUGGGCUGGCCUCGGAUGCCGGGAACAUGAUGUCCAACAUUGUGCUCAACUUCUCGCCCGAGGGGGAAUACACGCACAAGAUCAACACGGGGUUGUCGGCCACGGUGCUCGGCUCCGAGGAAGAGUUCGCGCGCAUCUGCAACGAGAUGGAGGCGCUCGCCGUGCCCGUCUACCACGCCGUCAUCCGCGCCGUCAUCGCCUUCUCGCGCGGCGACAAGGACGACUGCCUGGCGCGCAUGCAGCAGAUCACGGCGCGGCUCCGCCCCCUGCUGAGCACGUACUACGACCGGGUCCACGACGGCAAGAUCGCGCGGGCCGAGUGGCUAAGCCGCGUGCAGGGGUUCUACGCGUGGGGCGCCGGCCGCGAGGACGCGUCCACGGGCGAGUGGACCACUUUUGACGGGCUGAGCGGGAACCAGGUGCUGCUGUUUCAGGUCCUGGACGCGUUCCUGGGGCUGGACGUGUACCUGUCCAAGGAGGUGCAGGAGCGGAACGUGCCGGUCUUGCAGCGCGAGUUUUGCGCGGCCGUGGCGAGGCAUACGUUUCGGCACGCGCUCGGGGAGGAGGGCGUCGAUGGGCUGAUCCGGGGCGAGUUCGCCGAGAUUGUCAAGAGGUUGAGACUGUUCCGCUCGGCUCACCGGACGCGCGCCAAGUUCUACCUGACCGCGCCUGCCCCCGAGAGGCUUCCCAUGACGGCGGGCAAGUCGCUGCUCAAGGGAGAUAUGGAUGAGAGCUUGCAGUUCCUGGACGCGUUCAUGGUGGGCAGGCUGCAGCAGACCGUGUAA